CUUAUCUAAAGGCGCGAGAAGAGCCUUCUCUGCGAAGCCCAUUUCUUCCGUUGAAUAUUCCCGUUGCUGCUCUGGGAUCGGAAUAAUUCAUUUCCUCCUUCCAGUCUUAAAAGUUCUGUCCUAAUCAGUAUGGGCUGGAGGGAUAUCUUUACCACGGACGUGGGACAUCUGCGUCAACGCAUGGAGCAACACCGAUUGCUUCCUGCUUAUUUGGAUGAUGAAUUGCCGGCCAACCACCCGUCAAAGGAAGUCACCAGGGUCGCCUUGCGACUGAAAUACCAGAUCGAACAGGUGAUCCCCUGCGAGUUAGACGAGGACUCCAUCACUAGCCCGAACAGUCGAAUCAUCACACAUGCGGUUGUCCACACUGCUGUCCAGGCAGGAGGAGAAGAUCUCAAAGCUUGUGUCCCGUUUUGUUUGCUCGUUUGCCUUCGAUGGUUUAAGCACCAAGCGACAUUAGAGCUUUGGGAUUCUGAACUUCAUGAACGCCGCGCCCUUGCCUGCGAGGUGAUUGCAAAGCGAAUUAUUGAAGCCGAGGAGAACCAGGACCACCUGCUUCUCCAUGUCCUGCUUAAACGGUACUCCAUAUUUAUUAAUGGAGAGGAAAGUGCCCCAGCCAACGUCAUAGAACGAGCUGUGGACCUUCAUGCUUUGAGGGUCAUUGGCUCGUCCGGGUAUCAAAAGUGCAUUAAAUAUCUCUGGAAUGGGUGGUUCUGCCAGCAGCAGGGCAAUCCGACCAACUUUGUUCCCUACCAAGAAAGAGACAACACCAGCUUUUCUGCGCAUUUCCGUCCUGACCGCAUGAGGGCCCCAAUUUAUCAGAGUGUUUGUCAAAUACUCUCCUCAUUUGUGUACCUUGUCUUGUACACACAGGUCAUUAGUUCCGUCAAUCCCACGGGAGAUCUGGACGUUAUUGAGGGCAUACUCUACGUUAUGACUCUCGCAUUUAUUUGUGACGAGAUUACCAAGCUGUGGAAGAUUGGCAGAAGUUAUUUUGAUUUCUGGAAUGCCUUCAACUCCACUCUUUACACACUCCUCGCCAUAUCAUUCUUCCUGCGUGUUGCUGCCAUGACGUAUUCUCCAUCCGUAGGUAAUGAGGAAAGAGAGACCCUGAACAAACUGAGUUACAAUUUCCUAGCGUUUUCGGGUCCAAUGUUCUGGAUGCGUAUGAUGCUUUAUCUGGACACUUUCAGAUUCUUCGGGGCCAUGUUCGUUGUACUACGAGUCAUGAUGAAGGAGAGCUUGAUCUUCUUCGCACUUCUAUUUGUGGUUUUAGUGGGCUUCUUCCUAGCGUUCAUGGGUAUGGCUCAGGUUGACGACGAUGUGCCCCUCACAAGAAGUAUUGUCGUGGGAAUGGCCAACAGUGUUAUGCAAAGCCCUGAAUUUGGAAUUUUUGAGAAUCUUGCCUUCCCGUUUGGUAUCAUUCUCUAUUACAUAUUCAACUUUGUGGUCAUGAUCAUUCUUCUCAAUAUCUUGAUUGCUCUUUAUAACAGUGCGUACGAGGAUAUUUCUGGAAACGCUACGGACGAGUAUAUGGCCAUCUUCGCCCAAAAGACAAUGCAGUUUAUCCGUGCUCCGGAUGAGAAUGUUUUCAUACCACCGUUUAACCUUAUCGAGGUCUUAUUCUUGAUUCUCCCUUUCGAAUGGUGGCUCCCCGCAGAAUACUACGCCAGGCUGAAUGAAGUUGUAAUGGGUGCCAUUUACUCUCCCCUUCUUCUUAUAACCGCAUUAUUUGAAGUCCGAGAGGCACGUCGAAUCAUAUGGAACCGCCGCCAUGGGGAAGAAGAUGACAACAACAUGCAAGAAUGGGAGCAUAUGGCUGAACAGGUCGAUUUUGAGGUUGACGAUUCCUGGAAGCAGCUAGUCCAGGAGACGUCUCCCAACAUUCAUGUCGACCAGUGCAGCCUAGAAAUCAUCCAACUAAGGGAACAAAUACAGGUGCUAGCCAGGAUGGUCGGACAACUGACCGAUGAAAAGGCAACGGCGAGUUUUAUGAACGGAGAAUCGAGCUCGACUAUGGCGGGUUGAGUAUGUUUGCUUCUAAUACGAUAUGACGCAUUUACAGAGGUUUUUGUGGGUCAUUUUUAUCUUAAAUAUUGUUUACUCCUAUGCAUUAUCUCAUUUGGCCAUGUAUGUUGGAGGUGUUUGUAUACAUUCUGUUUCCUCGAAUGUACCUAGUAUCUGUCACUUUUGAUUGUCUUUGCCCCGCAAGUAUCAGCGAAAAACAAUUGUAGUAUAGAGAAUGAACUGUCAGCUACUACUUUAC